GUCCGAUUGGAGGUCUACCACGGAUAGACGUUGUUCGAGGUUAGAGAAAGACCCUCAAAUUCGAAUGCUAUGGGCGCAACAAUACCUGAGCAGCUGCGGUAAGCCGGCGCUGCGACGAUGGUUGACGUUCGGCUUGAUUGUCACGCUGGUGCUAAACUCUAGGCUUCCUGCAUGGCGUUCAUACCUGUUGCUACCCUCCUGUAAGUCAGUACUGUAACAUCGUCAGAGGUUUAGAUCCCGUUGUCACUCUUUCAACUCCGUUUCUAUAACUUCCUCAUCGUUGCAACAUCACUCCAUCCUACGCUCGUUUCAUACAAAAGGCUAUCACCGCCUAUCAGUCACUCGUUUCACCAACAACCAGUCGUUCAUUUUCAAUCAAAGCCGCCGCUCCUUGUGUCUUCUUGUGUUUUAUAACUUCCCCAGGCCGCCAAUAAAGUGCAUCAUAAACGAACUUCUAAAAAAGAAACUGCACCAGCAAUAAUGUCUUUCCGCGCUCUCUUCACCGCCGGCCUCGCUGCCUUUGCUCCUUUGGCCUCGGCCUACACCGUCCCCAAGGGUGAUCCCACUGGUAACGCUAUCUACGAGCCCGGUCUUAACAGCAUCGUCCCCGUCGGCAAGCCUUUCACCAUUACCUGGUCGCCCGACACUAAGGGCAAGGUCGCUCUUGUCCUUCUCCACGGCCCUUCGACCAAUGUUGUGCCCAUCGCAACCAUUGCUGAGAGCAUCGACAACACUGGCAGCUACGAGUGGACUCCUGACACCAAGCUCGCACCCAACACUACCUACUACGGCAUUGAGUUGAUCGUUGAGGGAACUGGCCAAUACCAAUACUCAACUCAGUUCGGUAUCUCCAACCCCAACUACAAGGACAAUGAGAGCUCUAGCUCUGGCGCAUCCACUGCCUCUGCCACUACCACCGUCAGCGUUAACAUCAAGACUCCCGUGACCGCCGCAGCCGCCAGCGCAUCUGAUGCCGUCUCAUCUGUCAUCUCCUCCGCUUCGUCCGUCGAAGCCAGCGUCUCGAGCUCCAUCGCAUCCAAGAUCUCCUCUGCCUCGUCCGCCGUCGGCAAGAGCGCUACCGCAGCCGCGGCCGCAGCCUCCUCCUCAACUUCUGCUGCUGCCGCUUCCGUCAGCUCUAGUGCUUCUAGCGCUAAGAGCAGCAUGAGCACUGCCACCAGAUCUGCCAGCGGUUCUGCCGCCUCCGCCGCCUCCGCCGCUUCGGCCACGAGAAGUGCUUCUGCCUCUUCAAGCCCUGCUGCUGCUACCGGCGCUGCUGUCAAGGUCGGCGCUGGAUUCGGCGGUCUUGCUUUCGCCGCCGGUGUCGCUGCUCUUGCCCUCUAAGCACCUUCGACAUUGUGUUUUCUGCACAGGCAUGUGCAUAAUGUCUCUCUACUCGAGCGACGGCCAUGAAGAGGUUUUAAUGUUUGCAAGGCUCUAUUGCGUCUUUUUUCUUUCUGCUCUUUGGAUACCUGGUGAGGGAGAGGCUUGAUGUCUGCCCUGAUGCUGAUUAUUGGGUUCAAAGAAUAUCACGGCUCCACGGCAACGAACUUUUGUGUUUUUUUUUUCUUUUCGUUUUGCAUUGGUUGAUCGUAAAUAGUUGUCUUCACACAC